AUGUCCAAGGCACCGCGGACCGGGCGGGAGGAGAUCCUGGAGUGCCAGGUGAUGUGGGAGCCUGACAGCAAGAAGAACACGCAGAUGGAUCGCUUCCGGGCGGCCGUGGGCGCCGCCUGCGGCCUGGCACUUGAAAAUUAUGAUGACCUGUAUCAUUGGUCAGUUGAGUCGUAUUCAGACUUCUGGGCGGAAUUCUGGAAAUUCAGUGGAAUUGUCUUUUCACGCAUGUAUGAUGAGGUCGUGGACACAUCCAAAGGGAUCGCCGACGUGCCUGAGUGGUUCAAAGGCAGUCGCCUCAACUAUGCAGAAAACCUCCUGCAACACAAAGAGAACGACAGAGUGGCCCUUUACGUCGCACGAGAAGGCAAGGAGGAGAUCGUGAAGGUGACUUUUGAAGAGUUGCGGCAACAGGUGGCUUUGUUUGCAGCAGCGAUGAGGAAGAUGGGCGUGAGAAGAGGAGACCGGGUGGUUGGCUACUUGCCCAACAGUGCGCACGCCAUAGAGGCCAUGCUGGCAGCUGCGAGCAUUGGGGCCAUCUGGAGUUCCACGUCCCCAGACUUUGGCGUGAAUGGCGUUCUGGACCGGUUUUCUCAGAUCCAGCCGAAGCUCAUCUUCUCCGUGGAGGCCGUAGUGUAUAAUGGCAAAGAGCACAACCACAUGGACAAGCUGCAGCGGGUCGUUAAGGGACUACCAGACCUGAAAAAAGUGGUACUGAUUCCUUACAUCUCCUCCAGAGAGAAGAUAGACAUCUCCAAGAUUCCAAAUAGCGUGUUCUUGGAGGAUUUCCUGGCCACCGGGCAAGGCGACCAAGCCCCGCAGCUGGAGUUCGAGCAGCUGGCCUUCAGCCACCCGCUCUUCAUCAUGUUUUCGUCGGGCACAACGGGAGCACCCAAGUGCAUGGUGCACUCGGCCGGGGGGACGCUCAUCCAACACCUAAAGGAACACAUUCUUCAUGGCAACCUGACCAGCAGUGACAUCAUCUUGUAUUAUACCACGGUUGGCUGGAUGAUGUGGAACUGGGUGGUGUCUGCUCUUGCCACGGGAGCUGCUGUGGUCCUGUAUGAUGGCUCCCCUCUGGUUCCAACACCCAACGUGCUCUGGGAUCUGGUCGACAGGAUCGGCAUCACCAUCCUUGGAACGGGUGCUAAGUGGCUGGCUGUGCUCGAAGAGAAAGACAUGAGGCCAGUGGAAACCCACAGUCUCCAGACACUGCACACGAUCCUGUCCACCGGCUCCCCACUGAAAGCCCAGAGCUAUGACUACGUCUACAGGUGCAUCAAGAGCAGCGUCCUGCUGGGCUCCAUCUCAGGUGGCACUGACAUCGUCUCCUGCUUCAUGGGCCAGAAUCCAUCCAUUCCUGUGUACAAAGGGGAGAUUCAGGCUCGGAACCUGGGCAUGGCUGUGGAGGCAUGGAAUGAGCAAGGAAAGGCCGUGUGGGGGGAGAGUGGUGAGUUGGUGUGCACCAAGCCGCUCCCCUGCCAGCCCACGCACUUCUGGAACGACGAGAAUGGCAGCAAGUACCGGAAGGCGUAUUUCUCCAAGUUCCCAGGUGUCUGGGCGCACGGCGACUACUGCAGGAUAAACCCCAAGACCGGGGGCAUCGUCAUGCUGGGCCGAAGUGACGGUACGCUCAACCCCAAUGGAGUGCGAUUCGGCAGCUCGGAAAUCUAUAACAUUGUGGAAGCCUUCGAGGAGGUGCUGGACAGCCUGUGUGUCCCGCAGUACAAUAAGGAUGGGGAGGAGAGGGUGAUCCUCUUCCUGAAGAUGGCUUCCGGCCACACCUUCCGGCCCGACCUGGUGAAGCGGAUCCGUGAGGCCAUCCGCCUCGGCCUGUCCGCCCGGCACGUGCCCAGCCUCAUUCUGGAGACACAGGGCAUCCCGUACACCCUCAACGGCAAGAAGGUGGAAGUGGCUGUGAAGCAGAUCAUCGCUGGGAAGACGGUCGAGCACCGAGGGGCCUUCUCGAAUCCCGAGACCCUGGAUUUGUACCGGGACAUCCCUCAGCUGCAGGACUUUUGA